AUGACAGGUACCGAGAACAAACUCGGUUCAGUGGCAGCGGGUUCGAUAAAUUCGGUUCCCAAGAGCUUUCGCAGUGGUCAUGCCCCACGACCAAACGAUGCCUUUAUUGCCUUGAUGGGUAUUACUGGCUCUGGAAAGAGCUCAUUUAUAUCGAAAUGCACUGACAAGUCUGCUACAAUUGGUCACGACAUGAUAUCAUGCACAUCUAUUGUCGAUGUCUACCCGUAUGAGGUGACGCCCGACUUUACUGUGUAUCUUAUUGACACACCCGGAUUCGAUGAUACUGGCAGAAGUGACACCGAAGUCCUCAGCGAGAUUGCUGCUUGGCUGACAGACUCCUAUAAGCACGAAAUUCGCCUUCAUGGAAUAAUCUAUCUCCACAGAAUCUCUGAUGUUCGCAUGCAAGGCUCAGCUAAGAAGAACCUGGUCACAUUUAAAGAGCUCUGUGGCGAGGAUGCCCUCAAGAAGGUGGUUUUGGCGAGCACCAUGUGGGAUAUAAUCCCCGCGGAGAAGGCUACCAAGCGGGAGCAGGAGCUCAAAGACACUCCAGAGUUUUGGGGCUGGAUGCUUUCAAAAGGCAGUUCAGUUCAUCGAUACAACAACACAGCUGAAUCUGCUCGAGAGAUAAUACUCUCGCUGACCGGCCACAACGCACCUAUAGCGACUGAUCUACAGAAACAGAUGGUCGAUGAAGGGAAAAGCCUUGAUGAGACUUCAGCCGGCCAAGGGCUCAGGAGCGAGCUUCUCAAAGAGCGACAGAAGCUGACACAAGAACGGCAAGAGCUUCUUACUCUAAUCGAAGCAGCAAAAGAGAAACACGACGUUGAUACAGAGGAGGCUCUGCAGGAAGAGAGUGACAGAUACACUGUCUUGAUAAAAAGGGCAGAAGACAGUGCCAAAGCUUUAAGCAUAAGCAUGACAAACCUAAUUCUCAAACGAGAUUUACGUAUUGCGGAAAUGACUAAAGAGAUGAGGGAGGUCCAGAAUGAAUACGAAAUGAACUUUCGGCUGAUGAGAUUGGACCAGAUAAAGCCCUACAUGCUUGAGUUGGCACGAGCUAAUGAAACGAUGCAAAGCAACGAAGUAGAGCUCCAGGAGUUCCAAGAUGGGAAGCGAAUGGAGCUCGGAUGCUUAAUUGCCGUGAGCGACCAAAGGACAGCAUGGAUUGCUCGUUAUGAAAAUAACAAUUGGAGAUGGUCUGCGACCUUUGAGAGACAUUAUCCUGAGCUGGCCAAGGAAAUCAAGUCUUAUGGCCUCAAUGCCGUUAGGCUGUGUGCAUUUGGCCCUGGCCCUGGCGAACGUUACUACACCGGAUGGGACGAAUUUCGUAUCUACAGCUGUUCGCCCAAAUUCACCAAGGCGAUGAAAAGCAUCAAAAACAAUAGCUCUAUCGGUUCAGUCAUAGCGGUGGCUUUUGGACACGGCAGCUCGUUUCUUGUUUCUUACGGGUUUGAAAAUGGGCACCUCGGCUGGACACAUGACCUCCAGGGCUACUACCCAAGCCUCAAUCGCUUUCUGAAUAGCCAGAAGAAGCUUGGGGACAAGAUCAGUAUACAUGCGGCGACACUUGACCCCUUUAGCAGUGCGGGACUGGUGGGAGGUAACUAA